AUGGAUUUGAAGGCCGUGAGAUAUCAGAUCCUACAUGGCUCUAUAGCCAGGCGCGUGCUUUAUCGCAGUUUCGUAAUCGCCUCGGCUGUUUCGAUAAUUCCCUUGCUGCACAUCUUAUCCGGUUCCGAUUCGGGAAUAUUUGCUUCUUUGGCCACCAGCGACUGUGCCUUCAAUUCAGACUUUUCAACCGCUGCUAUGGUUCCGGCCACGUAUUUGUUUCGUGCCAGGUUCCUGAAUCCACUCUGGGGCUCAUUUCAAUCGGUGCAGUGCAAGGAAACUGUGAAUUUGACCGUUAAUGUGGUAAGAGAGCUUGUGGAUAAGAAGUUCUUGAAUUUCAAUGCGAAAGCUCUCUUUGUUGGAGAAGGGUCGGUCUUCGGCGUGAUGGCACUGCGAGAUCUGGGGUUCUCCAAUGUCUACGGUGCUUCUAGGAAGCACCGGUUUGUCUCUCUUAAUCGGAAACAGCUUGUAAAUGAGCUUGAUUACAAGGACAAUUCAUUUGAUUUCGUGCUGUCAAGGUAUAAUGACCAGGUUUCUACUCCUGCUUUGCUCGUUCUCGAAAUGGAACGCACACUUUUCCCUGGUGGAAUCGGCGCCAUGCUUGUGGGUGUUAGCAGCAUCGUCCCAAAUGGAUUGAUCAGAUCUGCAACCCCAGUUUCAUCGUUACUGAAAAGUUCGGAUGUUGUGCAUGUUGGUUAUGUGCACAACUUUACUCUGGUUGUCUUCAAGAAAAGAUUCGAAGAUUCCAGUUGUUUUGAGCAGUAUCGCCUUCCGGCCGACUGCCCGUCUGUCACAAAUAACAAGCCUUUCAUGGACCAAAUUGAGCCUCUUGUGGAGGAAAAAUCAAUGGGGCUUGAGAACUGGUUUUCUUAUCUGCCCAAGCUUAUGGAGGUUGAUACUAAAAAGCGGUUGGUCUAUAUUGAUAUUGGGGCAGGGGUGCAUCUGAACUCUAAUGUUAUGAACUGGUUUUUGCCCUCUUAUCCAGUGGAUAGCAAAGCAUUCAAUGUUUACUUUGUUGACCAUAACACUUCAGUUCUGCUAUCCUACGUCAAAAAGCCUGGAAUAACUUUUGUAUAUCAUCCGGGUUUGGCAGGAAACUGGACUCCUGCCAACCUUACUUCCGAUGAAGAUGUCGAUCCGCCUUUGCAAAACGAAGGGUUUAAUUUCUUUUCUUGGUUUAAAGAAACAGUGCAGCAUGCUGAUUUUGUGGUUCUGAAGAUGAACUCAGGCGAAGUAGAAAGGAAAUUCCUCUCUGAGUUAUUUGAAAGUGGUGCAAUAUGCUUUGUAGAUGAGAUGUUCCUUCACUGCUCGGAGGGAGCAGAUGGUGGAGGUGCGUUAAAGGGAGACUGCAUGGACCUCUUCAAGGGGCUUAGAAGCCGUGGUGUCUUUGUCCAUCAAUGGUGGGGAGACUAG